CACUCCGGGCUUUGUCUGCUGCUCACCUGGCCGCGGGCGCGUCCUGGCCGCCCAGCCCGGAGCGGGGUGCCCGCCGUUGCAGCCGCCAUGGUUUCCCCAGUCACCGUGGUGAAGAGUGAGGGACCCAAGCUGGUGCCCUUCUUCAAGGCCACCUGCGUGUAUUUUGUGCUCUGGCUGCCCUCGUCCAGCCCAUCGUGGGUCAGCGCCCUCAUCAAGUGCCUGCCCAUUUUCUGCCUCUGGCUCUUCCUUCUGGCCCAUGGCCUAGGAUUCCUGCUCACCCACCCCAGUGCCACCCGCAUCUUUGUGGGGCUCAUCUUCUCUGCUGUAGGUGAUGCCUUCCUCAUCUGGCAGGACCAGGGCUACUUUGUGCACGGUCUGCUGAUGUUUGCAGUGACCCACAUGCUCUACGCCUCAGCCUUUGGCAUGCGGCCACUGGCUCUUCGGACAGGUCUGGUUAUGGCAGUGCUGUCAGGCCUGUGCUAUGCCCUCCUGUACCCCGGCCUCUCAGGUGCCUUCACCUACUUGGUGGGGAUCUACGUGGCCCUUAUCAGCUUCAUGGGCUGGCGGGCUGUAGCAGGGCUAAGGCUGGUGGGGGCAGCCUGGCGCUGGACGGAGCUGGCGGCGGGAAGUGGUGCGCUGCUCUUUAUCAUCUCUGACCUGACCAUCGCCCUCAACAAGUUCUGCUUCCCCGUGCCCUAUUCACGGGCGCUCAUCAUGUCCACCUACUACGCUGCCCAGAUGCUCAUCGCCCUGUCAGCUGUUGAGAGCCGGGAGCCAGUGGAAGACUAUAGACUGAGCAAGGCCAACUGAGAGGCCAGGAUCUGGUCACUCCUCUCUCCUGGGGCUGGGGUCCCCUGAAACCUGGGAAUCUGUAAGGGCUGGAGCAGGAUGGCUAUAGGGCAUCCUAGGGCAGCAGGCUCUGUCUGGGAAAUGUGUAAGUUAAAAGGGGUAAGCAGGAUCUCCCCAGCAAGUCUAGGGUCCAAGACAAUGCUGAGAGCUAAAAAGAGCCAGCUUAAUACUCCUUGUUGGAGCAAGAAGUACACAUCUCCCUACCCCUGCCCCAUCAGGACUGUCCAAGCCCCUUUGAAGGGUGAUGGUGCUCAGCCUGACCUCCCCCCACUUCUACUAAAUGGAAGAGUCUGACUCACCCACUCCCACUCUUUCUGAGCUAAGCAGAGUUGAGGGAAGAGGGGAGAAAUCUGUGUUGAGAUGAGUCAGGUCCAAGGCUUGAAGCCCCUUUCACAGGCCCUUAGUUGGGAAGAUUUGAUGAGGGUGGAGUCUCCCUUUCCCUCAUCUAUCCUUGUUACUUGAACAAUCUCAAAUUCUCAGUGAUGGGUGGGAAGGUGAAAGAGGGGUAUCUUGUCCAGGUAGGUAAGAGAAGGGAUUUCUUUGGCCUGGGAGCUUGGGGUACCAAGGAUUCAAAUUGGUCCCAUCUCAAAGUCAUCCCAGAGCUCAGGCCCCACACCACCACAUCCUUAGACCCUAUUGCCAGGGAUAGGGUGAAUUAUGCCAAAGGAAGGGGCCAACUUGUGUGAGUGUGUGUGUGUACGUGUGUGUGUGUAUGGUCUGCGUUCCAGCUUAUCUAUGUCUUUCUCUGCCAUCUUGUCUCUGUCCUGCUGUUGUCAAAGUCUUAUAGGGAGAGGGACUCAGGGAGCUGCUGAAGGGGGAUGCUGAGCCUGGCUCAAGAGAGCUGUCCCCCCCACCUGCCCAGUGCUUUCCUCCCAGCCCCCUCCUGAACUGGGAGCAAGAGGAGGGAGCGCCAAUGACACUCUAGGGUCAUAAGACCCGAGGCACAUUCAAUGCAAGGGGAUCCAGGAUGGAACAACUCCAUCCUCUACUUCUCAUGAAAAAAAGAAAUAAAAACUAAGGGCUAUUGGUUGCCCCAUUUGUCUGCCUGAGUAGCACGUGCCUGUUCUGGAGAGGAGAGGAGAGGGUGGGGGCACGGUGCCAGGGGCCUGGAUGUCCUCACAGUCUGGGUCACAGUCCUGGCCAGUGCAUCUUGGCGCCAGGCUGGCUCCCUGGCUCUGGUGACGCUGUGCUGGUAGGAGUGGGUCUCACUUCCCCGGUCAUGCGUGUGGGUAAGGAUGUAGUUCUGGGUGAGGGAUGGGGACCUUCUGAAUUUGGUUCAUACAUUCCCUUAUACUUGGGUACCCACCACCUUUGGUGAUCUUAGCUACACAGUGUCCUCUCCUGAUGCCCUCUCCCCACCCCCAAUUCUGGGCUCAGUCUGGGAUUGGCUGAUUCAUACUUCAGAUGUGAAGCCCUGGCAGAAUAAAGCCUCACCCCACUGCAGGGGCAUUUGCAUCUUAAUGGGCAGUACUGUGAUCCAGAAAUGUAAAGGGCAACCUUGGGUGGUGGUAAAUAUGCCCUUAGUAGCAGGGUUAUUUACAGUUGUGGGACAUGAUAAGGGAGACUCGAGUCCCAUGUGGAUAUUAGAUAAAUCAGAGAUUUUCAAACUAGGAUUUUUACAGCCCUCCAUGGUAAGAGAUAGCUAAUAAGUAGAGAAGGGAGGCUCAAAGACCCCUUAUUCCUGUUUUAAGUCUAGUAGCUUCUUUUUUUUUUUUUUU